AUGGUGCGAACACGAUUCGGAGGGGAAACACGGACUGGCAGAGAAGUGGCUCUCAGUGAGAUUCCAACUCCACCUGAAGCAAUCGAGGAAGUUCAGGUUGCAGGUACUGACAUUGUGACUCCGCACUCUCCUGGAGGUCACAUAUAUGACGCUGAGGAAAUUGUUCAAAAAACCCUCGAAGAAACGCAAGAUGAUGGCCCUGAGGAUGGGACUUCUGGAGAACAAGAGACUGAUCACGCUGAGGAAGAAGACGUGGGAAAGGAACAAGAGGUUGUUGAACCUGAACCCAUAAAUGUUGAGGAAGAAGCCUUGAUACAUUCUGAAGGAGCCCUGGAAUCUGAAGAACAGAGGAUCGAAGCGGUUGCUCCUCACAUUCUCCUUGAGGAACCCGCGAUUACACAUGAAGGUGCGACUGAUGACCAUUCUCACUCUUUCUCAGAUGAAAGUCUCAAUACGAUCAUUGAUAGAACUGUUGACAAACUCUUCUAUGAGCGAAUGGAACAUGAAAACGUUGUGGUCACGCCGGCAUCAUCUGAGGCGGUAACCAAGUCUGAUGAUUACGACAAUGCUCCUCUUGCCCAACUGAGAAAACGUCAUGCCGAGAAACAAAGUAAGAAAAGGAAGGUCUCUGCUGACUCUCCCGGUCCUUCGAAGAAAAGAAGCAAGCAAGUGAUUUCGAAGAAGAAAAACAAGCCAAAGAAAUCAAAAUCUCGUAAGCGGAAAGUUACACCCCCUCCAGUCACGGCUGAAGAAGCGAUGGAUGUAACCCAUUUUGACGAUGCUGCGGAGUUAUUCGAGUACGACAUUUUGGCCAAUCGGAAGCUGGUACUAGAGGCUCGUUUUACCGAUCUACUUCACAAAGACGUUGGUUUUCUUGCAUUCCUGAGGAUGAAAGGUCUGCUACACUGGGCAGUAUCACUCAAACGUUACUGUCCGAAGCUAGUCAGGGAGUUCUAUGCAAAUUUCACACGGGAUGUUUUGGAUGAGGAAAUUCCUUGGUUCCAUAGAGCGUAUGUGCGAGGAAAAAUGAUUGAGCUUAGCCCCCAAGUGAUCAACAAUUUGCAGAAACUUCCGACUGACAAUCCAGAAGUAUUUCCUUCUACCCUGAUCAAAGAAUCCAGAAGAGAGGUUGCACUACGGUUAUCGGCAUGGAAAUCCGAUGAUUUUGGACGAUCGGGCUUGGCUGCAACAGAACUGACCAUGAAGUUUCAAUGCCCGUUUCGUUUCUGCGCAAUGAAUGUUUUUCCCACAAGCAACGGGACUAACAUUGGAUAUGAGAUUGGUAAAUUACUUCUUUGCAUUGACAAAUUUUGUGCUGACAUCAACUUUGGUUUUGUUGUUAUCUCAAGGAUGAUUAAGUAUGCCCGGGGAAAAUCUUUUGACAAGACCAACCUCCUAUAG